GUUUCAUGUAUAACUAAUUCAGAUUGUUGAUUAUCCGUACUUUUGCAGCACAAAUAUCUAUACUUUACGCGUUACUACUCUGAAACAUUGAAGAUUAUUAAAAUAGUGAACCCCUCCUUUGCUUGCAAACGAUAACAACAAAAUGUAUUUUGACGCAUAAAUUCUGAGACUUGCCUUAAGAGGCAAACCAUGCUCACGGUGCUGAUCAACUGUAUAUCAAUCAGAUUUGCAGUUAAUCAAUUAGAUGAAUUUUAACUUUCAUCAAGCUCAGUAGUAGCUUUGUACAAAAGUUUAUUUAAUUUCGUGAUCAGUUUUAUCGAUAAACCUGACAACACCAUUGACAACUUUGUUUUCUUUUUCAUCAUUUUCUUUUCAUAUCAGCUGUGAGUUUUCUACAGCUGAGUGUCCAUUGCGAGCAUCUUCUUGUCUGCCUCUUUCACUGUUUCUCAUCUUACCUGUUACUGGUAUCAUCAUACCAACAUGUCCUCAUUAAUUCAUCUUUGGUUUUAUGGUUCCGCAGCUGUGAUAUUCAUUAGCACUGUUGGCCUAGGUGCAAUUCUUAUGGUUCCGAGAAUAAAAAAUCACCAUCUUGUUAUUCAACUUUUAGUUGGCUUAGCAAUAGGCACGUUGACAAGCGAUGCUCUUCUACAUCUUUUACCUCAUGCUUUUACUGAUCACACGCACAACUUCAGCAACGAUCAUCACCAUCAUUCUGAUGAUCAUGCUCAUGAUCAUGCCGACGAUGCUGGCGGAAUGGCUAAAGUUUCCAAUCAAGCCGAUGAUCAUACACGAAGUGUAAUCUACGGGUUAAUGUCAUUAUUAGGAAUCAUAGGAUUUCUUAUUUUUGAACGUGUUUUAACAAUAAUCAGUGAUCUGUGUAGUCAAAAUCGGAAAACUUCGAAGAUUGCCAACUGUAAUAGAGCGGUUGGAGAUAAGCUAUCAAAUCACAGUAUAAAUGGUGAUCACGGACAUACAACCGCUCCUGAACUUGAAAAACUUAAUGAAACUAUCAAGAUGAACGACGAAAAGUGUAAGGAGGCCGGUGAUACAGCUUACAUGAAUGGUAGUGCAUCUAAUGAUUUACAAUUAACCACUGAACAAUGUCAUCGAGAGACUAUUGUUUAUCAACAUCCCGAUCCAGAUAAAGGAUAUGUUGUACAAUUAACAGAUCAUCAUCACCACCAUCAAAAGCAACACCAAAAAGGAGCCAAAUCAGUGAUAAUGAUGAUUGUUACCGGCGAUGGAAUGCAUAAUUUCUUUGAUGGUUUAGCUAUCGGAGUUGCAUUUGCUGGAGGUGGAGUGGGUGGAGGUUUAAGUACCUCAGUUGCCAUUCUGUGUCAUGAACUUCCCCAUGAAGUUGGUGAUUUUGCUGUUUUACUAAAUGCAGGACUUUCAACUAAAAGAGCAGUGAUGUACAAUUUUCUCUCUGCUGUUUUGUGUUUCAUCGGUAUGACCGUUGGUGUAAUAGUGGGUAAAAUGGACACUGGCUUGUUAAGUUCAGUCAUCGCGGGAAUGUUUUUGUACAUUGCUCUUGUUAACAUGAUUCCUCAAUUAGACUGUUGUCCAACCGAAUCUGGAACUACCCGAGCCUUCAAGUUAUCGAUUCAAUUGAUAGGAAUCAGCAUCGGUGUAGCAAUUAUGUGCACUAUUUCUAUUUAUGAGACCAAUCUGCAAGAACUUUUCCAAUGAAAGAAAGAAAACCAUUUAUUUACCAACACAACUAAACCAAUUUAUACAGAGCCUUCAAGAAUAAUGAUAUUUAACCAUUUCAUCCAUCAUAGAGAUGACAAGAGACAUCCUUCAACUUAAUCUUUUCCUAUCUACUUUUAUCUUCUCAUAAUCUAACAUCACUUUCCCUCCUCAUCGUUUUUUUUUGUUUUUUUCGCUCUUUUUCGUUUCUCUUUAAUUCUCUAUGAGCAGUCGAAUGUUGCUGUUGAAUGCUGUGAUAUUUAACAUCGGACAAUGUAAUUGAUCUUAUAAUAUUUAUUCAUGAUGGAAGAUAUCAAAAACUACAUAAUAAAUUUUCUAAAAAAGCUCUUCCUUGGCCGCUUUUCAAUCCAUAGUAAACCUUCUCGAACGUUUUGCGUGGCACUUUGAUUCCAUUUUCUCUGGAAUAGAAAUAUGCAAACAACACCAUUAGAUACACAUUUUCACUAAAUAACAAUACAAUCAAAUGCUUGUUGACAUUG